AUGUCAUCGGAAGGCGGUUCGGCCGUCAUUCAACGAUAUUUCGGCGGUGGAGACCACGAACAACGUACCGCGCUCCAAUUCGCGUUUUACAAUGUGCUCCUGUUCGUUUUGGUGGGUAAAUUUUCAAGCCAGAAUUCCUAACUUAAUUGUAAAACAUUUCCAGUUGGGAGUUUCACUUUGCGGAGUGUUUGCCCUGUACAACAUGAUGUACAUGUUCCUUUCGCCCAUGCUGUGGGCGGUACUCGUCGGGACCGUACUGUUUCCGUUCAAAAAGAAGGUCACCGACACUGUGCAAAGUGAGUUUUCUGGAAAACUAUUUUUCUAACAUUCUAAAUUUCACAGACUGGCUCCGCGGGCUCCAAAAAUCGAAUCAAACUCUGGCGAAAGCAGUGAUCACUCUUCCGUUUUCCGCAUUUUCCAACAUUUCCGAGACUAUUUACAGCACUAUUGCCAGGUAGAAAUUCACAAAAUUCGAGAAGCUUCUAAAAUACGACAAUUUCCAGCCCGACCGGCGCAAUCAUCGGCGUGGCGUACAUUUCGCUGAAAGUGCUCUCCUACGAGCGCACGUUUAUGUGCAUCAUCAGUUGGAUCGGACGACUUUACGGAUAUUUGGACGCUUUUAUCGUUUUCUUUGCGAGACCAUGGGUUGAGUUUUUUGCAUAGUUGCCACGGGCCGGGCCGGGCCGAAAUUUCCAAAACUCCGGCCCGGCCCGGUCGGCCCGGUUCAAAAAGCGGGAAUUCAAAAUUUGAAUUAUUGAUCGCAUGAAGCCAUUUUUUGUAGAAUUAGGGGUUUUUUGCAAGCAUCGAACAUUGAAGAACAAAUGUAUUUCUCAUAAAAAAUUCAUAAUAGCAAAAAACAAAGAAGAAACACUAAAACUAGUUCGAAAUUUUUUUUUGUAAUAACGAAAAAAAAAAUUUCCGCGAAAAUUUGAAUUCCCGCCUUUUGAACCGGGCCGGCCCGCAUGGCCGGCCCGAAAUCUGGCAAGUCUGGUUUUUUGCUGUUGAAUUGAAAAGAGUGUUCGGAACAGUUUAGGGCUGGGCAAAUUUUGACCCAGUCUUUUUGAAACCUGGACUUUUUACCCACUUGCCAAGAUAUACUGAUUUGAAGCCGAAAAGACCGCAAAGGCCUCAAACUAGCGUAUCUCGGGACUGGAUGAUCCGAUCGAUCUGAAACUUGGACCCAAUAUACCAUAGUUGCCACGGGCCGGGCCGGGCCGGGCCGGGCCGGGCCGAAAUUUCCAAAACUCCGGCCCGGCCCGGCCCGAUCCCGGCCCGGCCCGGUCGGCCCGGUUCAAAAAGCGGGAAUUCAAAAUUUGAAUUAUUGAUCGCAUGAAGCCAUUUUUUUGUAGAAUUAGGGGUUUUUUUGCAAGCAUCGAACAUUGAAAAAAACAAAUGUAUUUCUCAUAAAAAAAUUCAUAAUAGCAAAAAAACAAAGAAGAAACACUAAAACUUUAGUUCGAAAAAUUUUUUUGUAAUAACGAAAAAAAUUUCCUCGAAAAUUUGAAUUCCCGCCUUUUUGAACCGGGCCGACCGGGCCGGGCCGGGCCAGCACUUUACCGACCCGGCCCGGCCCGGGCCGGCACUUUACCGGCCCGGCCCGGCCCGGCCCGGGCCGACCCGGGCCGGCCCGCAUGGCCGGCCCGAAAUCUGGCAAGUCUGCAAUAUACUUCUAUCCAAGUCCAAGAAACCUGCAAAGUUUAGACCCGAUCGGAUGAUUGCAAGUGGGUCAAAAGUCCAGGCCCGAUUUUGCCCAGCCCUAGAGCAUUUUCAAGCAGAUUUUUCGCAAUUUUAGUUGAAAAAAUCGCAAAGAACAUACUUCUUUAAAUACUUGAAAAAUUUCAGGUCCUCCCUCUGAUAAUUGUCUAUUUUUGCUGCUACGCCGCGUGGAUUUACGUUCAGGAUCCGAAACAAAUCAAUAAGAAAUUGGCGAGAAGCUUUUCGCUCCCAAUAUGGUUGGUUCUCUUUAGAGAAGAUCAAAAAACGUCGUGCCGUGUAGCGUCAAAACAAAAGAAUGACACAAACAACAAGGGAAACAACCGAAAACAAAUGGUUGCGCGCGCGCCGCACAGAAAUGGCGCUCUGUUGAGAAACUCUUUUUGCAGUGCAAAUUGAGCGACCUCGGGGCCGAGUUUGAAAAGUUAGGCCACGUUUUCAGUGGAAAAUUACUUCGCGGCCUAGAAAUUCAGCGAGAUUGCGAACAGCGCGCCCCUAUAAUAUUCACCUAAGAUAGUUUCGUCUUCCGUUUUCCCGGCGAAGCAACUUUUUUUCUGGCUAAAGCUGUAAUUCAAAUUUUUUCAGGAUCUACGUCAUUUCGUACGCUUCGCUCUACUUUGGACCGUUCCGCGCUUGUAUUUUCGGUCUUUCCGCCGCUAUUUUGGGUGCUCUUUCGGCCGGAAUCAUUGGAAAGUCGCAGAAUCACGGGAAACCCGAGGAAAAUGCGGAAGAAUCGUCGAUCCUACCACCAACAGUCGAGGAGAUUCUCGAGACGGCCAAGGAGAAAUGUACGGAAAAUGGGUUUUUCAACAAUUUCGAAAAGGCAAUUUUUCAGUGGACGCGACCGAACAAGAGCUCCUGGACCACUCGAUCGUGUCCACGUCGACCGUCGACGAGGCGAUCAGUGGCGAUUGGCUCAUUCGCGCCGUUUUUGGGCUCUGCGCCCUUUUGUGGGUCGUGCGGCACGACGGAGCACUCAUUCUCCUCGCCAUUCCGUUCGUUUUGGCCGUUUUGGCCAGAGCUGGUACGUCUACUGAUUUCCACGAACUAUUUUCAAAGACCCCUCAUUUUUGCAGCCGAACAACUCGGAAUCAUUGCCGCAAUUCACAAUUUCCUCGACGCGACGUGGCAGAAAAUUGAGCCGUCCGUCACGAAAAUUGUGGAAAUUACGGUCGCCGGACCGUUGAGACAGUUUGUGAAGGUAUUUUUCGAAAGAAGAUUCGAAAAAUAUUUCAAACGUCUCUUCAGGUGCUCUUCACGUCGGACAAGUACAUCGUCGAGUCGCUGCAUGACAAAAUGGACGUGCUCUCCUCCGUGAUCGUGAUGGUUUUUCUGGCGUUCUCCGCCCUGUUCGCCCUCAUUUUCGUCGGUUUCCAAUUGCACGGCGAGACGGUGCAUCUCGUGCGGCUCACCUCGAAUGUCGUCAGUUCGCGGCCGGAUUGGGUCGCCGCCGCAAUGAAUUAUACGGAGGAUCAGCUGGAAGAGAACAAUAUCGACAUUGAUGAUUAUGUGCAGCAGGUACGAUCCCAUGGCCUAGGAUUUUUCUAGGCCACGGCCACAACUUUAACAGUGAGAGUUGGGACUCGGACAGUGCGCGUGGAAAUAAGUCGAAGCCUUUAUGACGCACUUUCUGGAAGACGCAAAGUCAUCAAAAUUUCAGAAUAACCAUUAGUUACUCCCAUGACACUGAUACCCAAAAAGGAUAUUAGGUCGGGAUCCGUGGUCCCUAAAGACUCAACUCCAAACCCGUAGCGGUCCCUAUGAAUAUCUACAUCAUUUGUAGCAGCAAAAACGUGAAUUAUAUUAGAAAACGAAUAUUGUAGGCGUACGAACAAGGCCGCGCAUGGCUCGCCUCGAAUGUGCGGUCCCUGGCGAACGCGAAGGAUACGAAACGAGCGGAUAUGCUGGAGGAUCAGGUGAAGCAGGUGGUCGACAAACUCUACAAUAUCUGGGAACAACGCAACAGUCACGACGUUAAAGGUACUUGAAACCGAUUUUCAUUCUCAAUGUUCGAUCAUAAAAAAGUUUCAGCUGUGCAAGAGGGGUCCCGUGGCGAUUGGUGGCAGCAAUUGAAAGGAGUGACCGAUUUGACGGCCCUAAAAGACGAAUUGACACUGAUUGUCAAGGAAAAUCUGGAUACUCUUAUGGGAGUGAGUUGUUCCAAUUCGACACAAGCAAGUAAGCGAGUACAUUUCAGGUAGCCCAAUCGAUCGGAUCGGUUUUGGCGGUGAACGUGUCGAUUUUCUCGUCGAUUCUCGUCCAAUUCGCCGGAAUUAUUCUCAGUUUCGGCAUGGAAUUACUCAACACGUUUAUCGAGUUGGUAAGCAUUUACAAAAAAGAGACGCGUCUCAACAGAUUCAUUAUCAAACGUAUACAUUUUGCAGAUAGUCUUCCUGACAAUGGUCUACUACUUGCUCUCGGCGUCCCGUACCCGCUGGCUGCCUCUCCAGUGGGCUUCCGAUCUUUCCGCAGUGACGACGACCGAGGAUCCGAGCUCUCCGACCGAUCAGCACCACAUUACUGCAGCCAUUGAGCACGCCAUUUUGUGAGUGAUUUUUUGGGGAUUUUUAAAAAAUUUAAAGACAUUUCAGCGGUGUCUUCGUGCUCUCCGCAAAAAUGGCCGUUUUCUACGGACUCUACACGUAUUUUGUGCACAGUCUCUUCGAUUUGAAUAUUGUCUUUGUGCCUUCGAGUGAGCUUCUUCUUUUUAAAUGUAAAUCCAAAUUGUUUGCAAUUUUCAGUGCUCGCCUCACUUUUCGCUGCCAUCCCAAUAAUGCCGCCCUACAUUGUGGCCAUUUUCGGAAUCGUCGAACUCUGGCUGGUCCGGGGAGAAGGAGCCGCCGCGCUCGUCUUCACUUUGGCCUCCUUCGCGCCGGUUAUGUUCGCCGAUGCGACUUUUUAUAAGGAAGUCAAAGGAUCGCACCCCUACGUAACCGGUCUGGCCAUCAUUGGAGGCAUGUACUGGCUCGGAUUGCAGGUUUGCAAUUUUGUUGAGCGAAGAAAUGUGUAAAAAUUGACUUUUCUAGGGCGCAAUCAUAGGACCAAUCAUUCUGUGCCUCUGCCUGGUCCUCGUCAACGUCUACCUUCAACACGUGAAACCUUCGGCGCUCUACACCCCGGCUCCCUCCCCGCGCAAUGUCAAAUUGCACUGA